UUGAAAGGAAGUUAAUGUGGACUUUCGCACUGACUUUUUACGCAACUCGGACUCGCAUUAGAUAUUUUACUAUUUGUAAAUGUAUACCUAACUAGCUAGCUAGUUAUUGACAGAGAAGCGCAACACAUGUUCGGGGGGUUCGUUCCAUAGCCCGUAGUAGCAUAUACAAUGUGGACACUGAAACCUUUAGAAUCCGGAGCUGUCACCCACUACCUCCUGCCAGGUAAGGAGUAUGUGGUGGGGCGUAAGAACUGUGAGGUCAUCCUGCCCAAUGACCAGUCCAUCAGCCGGGCUCAUGCUCACCUUACCGCUACAGACCAGACCCUGACCCUGAAGGACUGCUCUAAGUAUGGGACAUUUGUUAACGAGGAGCGUCUGUCAGGUGACACCCCUCGCAGCCUAACGGCAGGGGACAGAGUGACAUUUGGGGUCUUCCACAGCAAGUUCAGUGUGCAGCAGGUAACGGUGGUGGUGUGUUCAUCCUGUGUGGAUAAUGAAGGGAAGAUCUCUCUGUCUCAGGCCCUGCAGCCUCUGGGUGGCCGACUGGCCAACACCUGGACACAGGACUGCACUCACCUGGUCAUGCCCACUGUUAAAGUCACCAUCAAGACUAUCUGUGCGUUGCUGUGCUGUCGGCCCAUAGUCAAGCAGGAGUUUUUCACUGAGCUCACCAAAGCCCUGCAACAGAAACAACCACCUCCAAAAGCUGAGAGUUUCUUCCCAGAGAUAGACGAGCCCAGUCUGAAUAAGGAUGAGGUGGACCUGACAGAGAGGCCAGAACGUAAAGAACUUUUCACUGACAAGACCUUCCUCUUCCUCAAUGCCAAACAGCAAAAGCGUCUGAGUUUGGCAGUGAGUUGCGGAGGUGGGAGGAGCCAGCUCCUGGAGGAGGGGUCUGUCCCUGUGUCACUCCUGGAGUCGCCUUUGAGCUGUGUGAUCAACAUGGCAACGGGAAACUCCCAAGCACUAGUGCCCCCCUCCACUAAGAAGUGGGCAGACUCUGUGGGGAGGAUUCUACAGAGGAAAGGUCUUCGGUUCAUCACAGAGUCUGAGAUCGGAUUGGCUGCCAUCUAUGUCAGCUGUGACAAGUACUGUAAUCCCUCCAAUCAGAUGGCUGACUCAGAAUCCAUGAGAAUGAAACCCACCAUCCCCGGUGCCACGCUAUCCCAGAAUGCACCAGUGGACGAGACGGUGCUGCCAGCGGCGUCUCAGAACAUCACAGCCUAUGCUGUAAACACCGAGCCCUCACAGGGCAUCAGUGGGGUGGAUGUGGCUGGGGUGAGUGCAGUUGGAGAGACCCCUGAGAGGGACCAGAGCCGGACAACCUCUCAUCUUGACCGACCCAAAUGCUCCUCAGGCAGAGAGCUGGCCGGGACCUGCACAGUGGCAGAGACUAUGAUGUCAUCAUUCAGCGCCUCAGACAGCGCUGGUGGUGGCGGCUCAGACAGAAAAAAAGGAGAGAUACAACACCCAGGUGGAGGGAAAGGUGAUGCUAUCACCAGAUUCCUAGCCACUGCCCCUCGGACCAACGGGGGAGUGCAGACGAUGUCCACACAAAAGUGCUCCUCCCAGAAACAACAGGUCUCGCAGAAAGGUUCCCCCCAGAAACAGUCUGCCCUCACAAGUUUCUUCCAGCCUGUCGGCAAGAAAAGACCUCGGGAAGGCAAGGAGUCCCCUACUGUCCAAUCAGAGGCCAAGCUCUCCAGGAGGGAAGAGGAGGAGGAGAAGAGGAAGAGGACAGAACCACAGCACACGGAGACCUCCAACACCACACACACACGUGCGCCCUCAAACACCACCACACACACUCCUUCUGCCACGACACACACACGGGCUACCACACACACCCCCACAGGCAGGUCCCAGGGCCAACAGAGCUCAGGAGCAGGUCAGACUGAGGCUCUGUCAGAGGGGGUCUCCCACCCUGCCCAGCAGGGGCUCCAAUCCAGGAAGAGGAAAGAGAUGGAGGAGGAGACGAAAGGGGGUGGGGCUUCAGAGAUAGAGAUGGACGAACUGGAGUCCAUCAUGUCUGAGGACAUGGACGAAUCAGAUGAGCCCAUGUCAGCCAGUCAAGGCCAGAGGUCGAAGCUGACGGACAAGAGCUCAAUCGAUAGAAAACAGCUCCUAAAGACAGUGGAACUUACCUCUGCCAAUAAGAAACAGCGGGUUGAUCCAGUGGAACCAAUCACAGCCUAUCAUGGGUCAAGCUUGGAUUCAGAAGAGGGCUCGUCAGCCAAUAAAAGACAGCGAGCGGAGCCUGUAGCUGAGGUCAAAGAGGAAGAGGUGUCUUUCAUUGAGGCAAAACCAGUUAGUGGUGUGGCCCCUGGUCAUCUGGAAAAGCCGGAGACUGAUACCAAACCCUCCAAACCUGCCAAACAAAAAGCCUCAGGUUCAGGGGGUGAGAAUCUCCCCAGCAGACUUCUAGUAGUGGAGUUCAAAUCCCUCACCGGGGCAACACUGGCCAGACCUAAACCACGCCCCACGGAGACGCACAGCAACGUCAACAGGAAGGACUUCAAACGCUUCCGUAAGGUCCCAGUGCCCGGUGCCCAGGGUUUGCCCAACAUCAUCGGAGGGUCAGACCUGUUGGCCCACAACCGGGGCAAGAACUCUGAGCUGGAGGAGUGGCUGAGAGACGCAGCAGAGGAUGAGCGUCAGAGCAAGAAAGAGGAGACUUUGGGAGAUGACCUCUUCAGGUACAACCCCAAACCCACCAAGAAAAGAUGAGAGCACCUGGAUGCAACAUGUGAAGCCCUGCAGACGAAUGGAAUCUUAAGACACAGGAAGGGAUGUCAACACCCCAUGGAAUGUUUUGCGCUUCUAGAAUUGUUAGUUUGAUAGAACUGCCAUCUCCGCUCCACUAAUAAUGUUAAUGAAUGGAUCUUUGAGUUAACUCUUGAUCAUUGUACUCAAAAUUACCAGAGGGACCUUUCAAUGACAAAUGUUUAAACAGUUUUUGUCAGUGAUAGAUGUGGGCAGAAAUGUCUAACUUUCUAUGUACUGUACACUAAUUAUAUACCUUGAUUUAGUCACUGAUGGCGAGCAAUGUAAACAAAUAUAGGUUUUACGUUUCAAUAUAUUUUUUUGAUUUUUAUUUGUCCAUAAUAAAAAAUACAGUAUACAAAACA